AUGGUACAUUUCCUCCACCCCAAAAUAAUGAAAACAACACUAAUCCUUCCUCUCCUUACCAUAACGGAAAUGGCACAUCUCAAAAUAAUGGAAAUGGCUCAUCUCAAAAUCAAAAUUUCUCCGAGCCAUCCAGUCAAAAUACUACUGGUAAUGAUCCUUAUCAAAAUUUUCCUCAAAAUAAUACAAGUCAGAAUGGCUCAAAUGACCAAAUCAAAACAAUACUACUUCAACCAAUUCAUCCUCAUCGUCAAACUCAACUAG